GGAUGUCGCGCAUGCGCUCAGUAGACGGGAGGCUCUCCAGGGUCGAACGCAGGUUUGAAAUGGCAGAACGCUUGUGCAUGGGAAUCUCAACAUGUCAGUUUUGUCUCUCUGUCCGGAUAUCUAAGGAGUGACCGAAUAUUUUCUUUGCAAGACCAACACAUCUGUUGUCAAUCCUUGGAGACGAAGAAUUAUCUCAUCCUAGCUGGAAAUGUAUUCUGUCUCUGAAAUGAAGUUUUCUGUUGUAACUCUGUGUUAUCCACUGGAACCGGGAGCUGAGAACACACCAGCAUUUGUUCACUGGAGAUUAGUUCUUCAACUGCAUUGAUUGGACAAGAGAUUCAAACACCUGACUUUCUGAAUUGCCAAAUUGUUCGCAGUGCGAUAGCAUUCUCCUUCUCCCAGUGUGGGAAGGGAUUCUCUCGCAUCCUACACGCAGACACGCCAGUCAGUUCAGAGUAGGGAGAGGACUGUCCAUUCAGCUGCUCUGUGUGAGGGAGGGGAUCUACUCAGUUAUCCAGCCUGAAGACACAUCAGCAAGUUCACACCAUAGUGAGAUGCUCCACCUGUUCUGACUGUAGGAAGCAAUUCAUUCUGUCGUCGAUGCUAAAGAUAUAUCCGAAAAUUCACCAGUGAGAGGACGGUAACCUGUUUAGACGGUGGGAAGACAUUCACACACUCAACCACACCACAGUGACACCAGCGAGUUCACACUGGGGAGAAGCCAUUCACCUGCUCUGUGUGGGAAAGGUUUCACUCAAUCAUCUCAGCUGAAUGAACACCAGCGAGUUCACACUGAAAAGAUGUCGUUCACCUGCUCAGACUGUGGGAAGGGAUUCACUCACUCAUCCACACUGCAGAAACACCAGCGAGUCCACACUGGGGAGAAGCCAUUCACUUGCUCUGAAUGUGGGAAGGGAUUCACUUGGUCAAACUCCCUUGUUAAGCACUACCGAAUUCACACUGGGGAGAAGCCAUUCACAUGCUCCGAAUGUGGGAAGGGAUUCACUCAGUCAUCUAAUCUGAAGGUACAUCAGCGAGUUCACACUGUGGAGAGGCCAUUCAGAUGCUCUGAAUGUGGGAAAGGAUUCGCUGACUCAUACUCUCUUGUGAAGCACUGCCGAAUUCAUACUGGGGAGAAGCCAUUCACGUGCUCUGAAUGUGGGAAAGGAUUCACUCAGUCAUCAAUCCUUGUGAAACACUACCGAAUUCACACUGGGGAGAGGCCGUUCACUUGCUCUGAAUGUGGGAAAGGAUUCACUCAGUCAUCUCAACUGAAAGUACAUCAGCGAGUUCACACUGGGGAGAAGCCAUUCAGCUGCUCUGAAUGCGGGAAAGGAUUCACUCAGUCAUCCAACCUUGUGCAACACUCCCAAAUUCACACUGGGAAGAGACCGUUCACCUGCUCUGAAUGUGGGAAGGGAUUCACUGACUCAUCCCUCCUUGUGAGGCACUGCCGAAUUCACAGUGGGGAGAAGCCAUUCACGUGCUCUGAAUGUGGGAAAGGAUUCACUCAGUCAUUUCAGCUGAAGGUACAUCAGCGAGUUCACACUGGGGAGAAACCAUUCAGCUGCUCUGAAUGUGGGAAAGGAUUCACUUACUCAUCUCAUCUGAAGGUACAUCAGCGAGUCCACACUGGGGAGAAACCAUUCAUCUGCUCUGAAUGUGGGAAGGGAUUCACUCAGUCAUAUUCCCUUGUGAAGCACUGUCAAGUUCACACUGGGGAGAGGCCAUUCACAUGCUCUGAAUGUGGGAAAGGAUUCACUCGGUCAUCUCAUCUGAAGGUACAUCAGAGAGUUCACACUGGGGAGAAACCAUUCAGCUGCUCUGAAUGUGGGAAGGGAUUCACCACGUCAUCCAACCUUGUGCAGCACUACCAAAUUCACACUAGGGAGAAACCGUUCACCUGCUCAGAUUGUGGGAAAGAAUUCACUCAGUUAUCAGACUUUAAAGUACAUCAACAAAUUCACAAUGGGGAAUGCCACUCACCUGUUCUAAAUGUGGGAAAGGAUUCGCUCAGACAUCUCAAUUGAAUGAACUUCAGCGAGUUCACACUGGGGAGAAACUGUUCAACUGCUCAGAUUGUGGGAAGGGAUUCACUCAGACAUCUCACCUACCGACUCACCAGACUGUUUUCAGCAGUGAGAGGACGUUGACCUGCUCAGACUGUGGGAAGGCAUUCACACACUCAUCCACACUGCAGAGACAGUGGCAGGUUCACACUGUGGUGAGGGCGGCCACCUGCUCUGAAUGUGGGAUGGGUUUCAAUCAGUCAUUCAUCCUUGUUUCACCCUACUGAGCUUUGACCCAUCGUUAAUCGGGGAGAUCAGAAACUUGAGAGGACGUAAUUCACUCAGGUUCACCGAUCGUGUAUUAAAGGCAGUGGUUCAGGGCAGGUUACGUUUUAGCUUUCAGCAGUGGCCAGUCAGCGUUCAGGAUUGAUUAUCAAGUCAGGCAGGAGCAAAUGGAGCGGCCAGUGUUGGAGAGGGCAGAGUUGGAGUGGAGACGUUGAGACUUUACCUCUUUGAGGUUUCAGUGAGGAGAGAAUUCAGUCAGAAAAGGCAAAAUCAUGAUGGAACUAGAAUUUUUAUCUGAACAUUUGCUCAGGUAGAACAGUAGAGAUGCCAGGCAGGAUAGUGGAAAGCUCCUCUUAUGGGAUGUGGGAAGGCAGGGGGCCCUCCUGUGUCCCUGAUAACUACACCUGUGAGAAGGGCAUCCAGCUGCAGCUCCAAACAAUCCACAUUGAGGAGUAGGAGCUGGAACUGGAUGAACUCCAGAUCGUGUGGGAGGUUGAAGAUGUGAUAGGUAGGACAGAUAGAGAGGUAGUUGCAACCAAGGUGCGCUGCACAGGGAACUGGGUGACAGGAAGGGGAAAGGGAGAAACAGAGAGUGCAGUGUGCCCCUGUGAUAAUCCCCCUGAACAACAUAUAAAUCACUUUAGAUACUGUUGGGGACGGUGGGAUGACCCAGCAAACGAAAGUCACAGCAAUAGGGUCUCUGGCACUUAGUCUGGCUCUGAGACUGAGAAGGGAAGGGUAGAGAAGAGGUGAGCUGCAUUUGUAGGUGAUUCAUGAGCUAAGGGAACUGACAGUUCUGUGGGUGAGAAUGAGAUUCCAGGAUGCUAUGUUGCCUCCUGCGUGCUAACAUCCGCGACAUCUCGGGUCGAGUGGUCAGCGUUCCCAAGGAAGGUGAACAGUGAAGGUCGUGGUCCACGUGGGUACCAAUGAUAUGGGAUGGUAGAGUAACGAGGUUCUGAAAGGGAGUUCAGGGAGUGAGGUGCUAAGAUAAAGGGAAGCUCGUCCAGGGCUGUGACCUCUGGACUGUGGUUUGUGCCAGGUGCCAGGAAUAGGAAGAAUGUGCUGUUUAACACGUGGCUAAGCUGCAAUGAGGGCAUAAGAUUGUUGGAUAAUUUGAGCCCGCGAGGAUUGCUGUGUACACGGGAGUAUGGGUGCGUUGGGGGAGAGGGCUCAUCGUUGAUGGAGGGUGAAGUGGGCAGACAGGUCUCUCUCACACACACAGACACAUGCGGUGGAGUGUGAGGGAGGAGAGUGAGAAGGGAUAAGGGAAAUGAGGAGGAUGGUGUUAGGGCUCCUUCACAAAGUCCCAGACUCACCCAACCAUCCCCCUCUGAAAUUGAUCCCAUUCCGUAUGCCAGGCUACCCAGCUGGUGGCGUAGUGGCAUCGGCGCCAGACUUCGGAGCGGAGGCUCCCAAGUUCGAAUCCGGCCGGCUUCUGUGCGCGCUUUCCAUCCGCGCUGCGUUGAGCUAGCAACUCGACCUCGUAAAAAUGAAAUUCCCUGCUGCAGAAUCAUCAACAGCAGAAAGUUGAUGGCCUAUGCUCUCUCGUGAGUUGAAAGGCAAUUUCUCUUUCUCACUUUUCCCCUACCCCAGGCUGGGGGUGGGCACUGAGAUACCUUGCCAACAUUUUUGUGAAUUGCUCGAUAACAUCUGGUUGACAGACUUUGAUAAUAAAUAUACGUCGAGCUUGAACAUUAAAAUGUAUUGCUUGUAAAGCAUGUCUUCUUGUACAUGUGCCUUGCGCUUUACACGCUUGGGCAAUCAUGGCUUUCCACAUCGAACGAUCCCAGGCAGUGACAAUGAUAUCUCGCACACUUAGAUCUGUUAAUUCUUUCACAGUGCCCACGUAUUUUCUUCUUAGCCUUCCUCUUCCGCAUUUUCCAGGCAUACAGUUUGUAAUGUAAGGCAUUCUAUUUCUCCCUUUCUGAUGACAUGGCCCAGGAAUUUAAGUUUCCUCUCAUUUAACGUUCUCAUUAAAGAUCUUUUUGAAUGGGCACAUUGGAGUAAUGUGUCAUUAGUUACCCUAUCUCUAUAUGAUAUUUUCAGCAUUCUUCUAAGAAACCACAUUUCUGUUGCUUCUAAGUUUCUUUGGAGUUCUGGUGUUAUAGUCCAUGUUUCGGAAGUGUACAAAGAUUGACCAGAUGUAACAUUUUAGUAGCCUAAGCCUUGUUGUCGUAGAAAUGUGUCUGUUGGUAAAAAUGGGUUUCAUUGUUUGGAAGUUGGUUUUGGCAAUAGCAGUUUUUAUUUCUACUUCUAGCAUCUUGUGAUAUAAAGCUACCAAGGUCAUUAAACCUGGUCUUUUGUUCAACCUCUUGCCUACCGAUGUACAAUUGGCAGUUGAGAGUACCCUGCUGUUUUGAUAUGACCAUAUAUUUGUUUUUUUCACAGUUGAUGGUUAGACCAAAAUCUGCACUUGUUUGUACCACUUUGUCUCGGAGGAUUUGUAGGUCUUCUGCAGCACUUGCUAUUAGGGUGGUAUCAUCUUCAUAUCUUACAUUAUUGAUGUUAACAUCUCCAAUUUUCAUCCCAUCUAGGUCUUCUGUUUCUCUGACAAUCAUUUCGCUAUAGAUAUUAAAUAAUUCCAGUGAGGCAAUGCAUUCCUGUCUGACUGCUCUGAAUUUUAGUCCAAUUGCUUAUAUUAUCAUCAAUUUUUACCGCCACUGUUUGGUUCCAAUACAAAUUUUGAAGCAGUUGUUGGUACCUUCCAUCAGUGUUUAAUUUAGUGAGAAUUUGAAAUAAUUCAAAGUAUCAAAAUGUCUUAUUGAAUAUUGGGCGAUAGCCGAUCGACUGCCUUUAGUUAAGUUAAGGGGUAAGCCUUUUAACAUUAACAUAAUCCAAGCCUACGCACCAACAAAUGAUUCGAAUGAAGAGGAUAUCAAGUUUUAUGAAGAUCUCGACAAUGCUUAUGAGCAAUGUAAAUCUCAGGAUGUAAAACUAGUCAUGGGAGAUUUUAACUCCAAAGUUGGACAGGAAAGGGUUGAUAACAUCAUAGGACCCUUUGAAUUAGGGGAGAAAAUGGACAUGGAGAAAGGUUUACUGACUGGUGUGUCAGAAACAACCAAAUGAUCACCAAUACUUGGUACAAAAACCGUCCAUAUUGAUUGUGUACUUAGAUUCGCCCUGGAGAUGAAACAAGGAACCAAAUAGAUUUCAUGACCAUCGGUGAACGCUUUAGAAAUAAUGUCACAAAUUCUAAAGUCUACCCAGGAGCAGACUGUGGUUCAGGUCACCAUCCAGUAAUAGCUACCAUUAAAACAAAAUUAAAGAAACUGAGACGUGGAAAAAAAGAGAAAGAAGUGUAUGUUGGCAGAACUUAAAAAUGAUAGCAUACUUAAGCAACAAUUCAAGACAGCUGUAGAAGAACACCUCAACAAAAACACCUAUUCAGGACAGAUUUAAAUAUACUGUACAGCAAUCAGAGGAGGAGAUAAUCCCAGUACAAGAAAUCCAACACACCAACAAGGGAUGGAUAACCCAAGGAAUUCUGGAUCUGAUGGAACAAAGAAGGUUAGUGAGGAAUAAUGAAGUGCAGUACAGAGAGCCAGACAGACAGACCAGACAAUUGUGCAAUAUUGCAAAGGAAGAAUAGCUGAAUCAAAAAUGCAAUGAAGUAGAAGGCCAUGUUAACAACAGCAAAGAAAUGCACAGGAAAGUUGAGGAAAGUACUGGAAUUAAGAAAACCUCCUCUGCAGGAUGCAUAAGAUCAGCAGACGGAUCCGUACUAACAGAUCCAGAUAAAGUAUGUGAGAGGUGGAUUCAGUACAUAGAGCGGCUGUUUGAGGAUAAUAGAGGGGAACCCCCAGAUGUUAAACACCGUAACUCUGGCCCACUUGUUACCGAAGAAGAAAUAACUAGAAGAUCUGGGCAUAGGUAUUCUUUUUGAACUAUUUAAUGGGAUAUAUGAGUCUGGUGUAUUGUCUGACGAUCUCUUGAAAUCACUAUUUAUAACUCUGUCAAAAAUUCCUGGAAUGAUAGCCUGUGAAAAUUAUAGAACAAUCAGUCUUAUGAGUCAUAUAACAAAGAUUUUGUUGAGAAUUGUUCUGAGUCGAAUUAAAAACAAGUUAAGGCCAGAAACCCCUAAGUAAAACAUGUACCGAUGAGAAAUGGUCUCAGUGAAGGUCUGAAAGUGAAAAAUGAACCGGUGUUCAGCCCCUCUGCUCCAUGCCAGACAAGUACCCCUAUCUGAGUCUCUCCCAUCUGUCUGUGCUUGACAAAUCUCACUCUAAAGUUUCCUUUUUCUGUACCUGUUCCCGUGCUUUUUAUUUUCCUUCUGAACCUCAUUCUCCUACCUUCUCCCCAUAACCUUUGGCACCUUUCAAAAAGUCUUUGGGACCAAAUGCAGUAGGCACAUACAACAGUUCAUCUGUCUGCGACAGGAGAACACACUUCAGAGAUCAACAAUCUCUGUAUUAUUAUUUCAUACAUUAUUCUUGCGCAUUGGUACAGUAUUAAUGUGUAUAUUAUUAUUCUGGAUUUUAUUUUUAGUAAAAUCUGCACGCUGCUAAUUAUGUACUUAAAUGUUGCUGCUAUAACAAAA